UGACAGAGCCCUCCCUUGACCAGCCAGAAGUCCUCCGGAUUGAAGGCCAGCGGAGGGAAAUCAUUGAUUCUCCAGCAUCCCCCGGGAGGGAAAAGUCAAUUGGGAAAGCUGCUGUCCUGCUUUCUCUAGUAGUGGGCCAUGGUCUGCCAGGGCUAACUCUCUGUCCUCUCUCACCUCCCCUCCUAGCUGCCAGGCCGGAGCCGCCAUGGAUGACUACGACAUCAGGUCGGCUGCCAGCAUCUUGGCCUCUGUCAAGGAGCAGGAGGCCCGCUUCGAGCGCCUUACUCGGGCCCUGGAAGAAGAGCGUCGAAAUGUCUCCCUGCAGCUGGAGAGGGCUCACCAGCCCUGUGAGCAGCCGCGGGCCAGCACGUGCACCAUUGGCAAUGGGCAGCCCCUGGCCACCGCAUGGCAGCAGCUGGUCCUGCAGGAGCAAAGUCCAGGCAAUCAGACGUCCCUGGCAAUGAUGCAGGAGCCCCAGGAGAUGGUGGAGGAGACGGUGACUGUGGAGGAAGACCCAGGCACGCCCACGUCCCACGUGUCCAUCGUCACGUCUGAGGAUGGGACCACCAGGAGGACAGAGACCAAGGUCACGAAGAUGGUGAAGACGGUGACCACGCGGACAGUGCGUCAGGUUCCGCUGGGGCCCGACGGGCUCCCGGUCCUGGAUGGCUCCUCACCCCUGGGCAGCUACACAGACUCCAUCGACCGGCGAUACCUGAAGAACGGCGAGCGCUACCUCCCACCACAGGCCUCCUCCACCCUGACGCGUUCCUACAACAACUACGGUGAGGGCCCCGAUGGGCCCUAUCGCUCCUUCCAUGCCCACGAUGCCAGUGGCGGCUACGGGGGCCCUGAGAUGCCCGAUGGCUACGGUAGUCUGUCCCGUGGUGUGGGCUACCGGCCCCGCUACGCCUAUGUCCCCGGGAACAGCUACCGGCCUGAGGAUGGCAGCUACACCCUGCCGAGCCGGAGGGAGGCCUACGGGCCGCCGGGCGCCCAGCCCCAAGUGCCCCCUGUGGGCAGCGGCCCAGACCUCACUAUGGGCAGCCGCUCCCAGCCCGAGAGAUUCCAGCCCGAGCCCUACGGGCUUGAGGAUGACAACAGAAGCCUAGGGGUGGACGACGAAGGCUACGAACUGGACCCUGAUUACUCCACUGUCAACCGGCGGCUGCCUGUGGGGGUCCCUGAGAGAGGCCGGCCACACAAGGGCAGAGCCUAUGAUGAACCAGCAGAGAGUGAGAUGAUCGAUGAGCGGAUCCCCUAUAUCCACGGCGGCUAUGCCGCCCCCCUGGCCCAACCCGAGAGGGGCAGCAUGGCCAGCAUUGACCGCCUGGGCAAGAGGUCACCCUCCAUUGAUAGCAUCCGCAAGGACCCUCGGUGGCGGGACCCGGACCUACCAGAGGUGAUUGCUAUGCUCAGCCACCCCAUCGACCCCGUCAAGUCCAACGCAGCUGCCUACCUGCAGCACCUGUGCUACGAGAACGACAAGAUCAAGAAGGAUGUGCGCCACCUGAAGGGCAUCGCCAUCCUGGUGGGGCUGCUGGACCACCCCAAGGCCGAGGUGCACCGGCGGGCCUGCGGGGCCCUGCGCAACAUCUCCUACGGCCGGGACCACGAGAACAAGGUGGCCAUCAAGAGCUGCGAUGGCAUCCCUGCCCUCAUCCGGCUCCUGCGCAAGACCAACGACAUGGAGGUGCGGGAGCUCAUCACUGGCACACUGUGGAACUUGUCUUCCUAUGAGCCCCUCAAGAUGGUCAUCAUCAACCAUGGCCUGCAGACACUGACCAAUGAGGUCAUUGUCCCCCACUCGGGCUGGGAGAGUGAGCCCAAUGAGGACUCCAAGCCACGCGAUGCCGAGUGGACCACUGUCUUCAAGAACACGUCAGGCUGCCUUAGGAAUGUGAGCUCAGAUGGGGCAGAAGCACGCCGGCGGCUCCGGGAGUGUGACGGGCUAGUGGACGCCCUCCUGCACGCGCUGCAGUCAGCCAUCGGCAAGAAAGACACGGACAACAAGUCGGUAGAAAACUGUGUGUGCAUCAUGCGUAACCUGUCCUACCACGUGCACAAGGAGGUCCCCGGCGCUGACAAGUACCAGGAGCCCGAGGCCAGCCAGGCCGCCAGCACCGGGGCACUGCCCCGGAGGAAGAAGGACGAUGCCAGCUGCUUCGGGAGCAAGAAAGCCAAAGAGGAUUGGUUCACUCAAGGGAAAAAGAACGGCGGCUUGGACAGGAACUUUGACACCCUCGACUUGCCCAAGAGAUCAGAGUCGGCGAAAGGCUUCGAACUGCUCUACCAGCCCGAGGUGGUGCGUCUCUACCUCUCCAUCCUCACCGAGAGCCAAAACUUCAACACCCUGGAGGCCGCGGCUGGGGCUCUGCAGAACCUCAGCGCUGGCACCUGGAUGUGGUCCACGUACAUCAGGGCCAUGGUGCGCAAGGAGCGGGGGCUGCCGGUGCUGGUGGAGCUUCUCCAGUCGGACUCAGACAAGGUGGUCCGGGCCGUGAGCAUCGCCCUGAGAAACCUGUCCAUGGACCGGCGCAAUAAGGACCUCAUAGGGAGCUAUGCCAUGGCCGAGCUGGUCCGUAAUCUGCCGAGCCGGCAGCAGCGCACAGCCAAAACCCUCGAGGAGGACACGGUGGUGGCGGUCAUGAAUACCAUCCAUGAGAUCAUCACAGACAGUGCAGAGAACGCCCGCUCCCUGGUGCAGACCCAGGGCAUUCAGAAGCUUGUGGGCAUCAGCAAAUCAAGCCAGUCCAUGCGGGAGACGAAGGCGGCCUCCCAUGUCCUCCAGAUGGUCUGGAGCUACAAGGAGCUGCGGGGAGCCCUGCAGAAGGACGGCUGGAACAAAACUCAUUUCCAGUCGGCAGCAUCCACCACGCCCAAGGGAACCAAAGGGACUUCGGGCAAGCCCGGCUAUGAUGACAGCACCCUGCCUUUAGUGGAAAAGACCCAUGAUAACGAGAGGUGUGGGAGCCGCGAUAUGAUCCCAAUGGAUGAACUCGGCCCAGACGGCUACUCCACCAUCGACCACCGGGAACGGAAAUACCGAGCUGGGGAGCCGUCGGGGGAUGCCUCUGAGAAGGAGCCUCUGAAAACAGACCCAGCCAGAAAGCCCCCCCACAGGAGUAACCGGGCUUCGGUGAAUCUGGUGGACGGCCGGGACCCUAAGCCACUGCCCGCUGACUCCUGGGUCUGACUUGCAUGCCUGGGCUAGAGUCCAACAGUUGUUUGGUUGUUGUUUUUUUUUUAAUUGUUUUUAAAUGAGAAGAGCAUUGAAUCACCAGGAGGAUCUCAUUAAUCGCCACUGCCGUCACGUUGGGAGGACACAGGACAACUGAGCAAUCUGUGGAUUCCAGGGGGCUCGGGAGGCGGGGAGAAGCCCCCCCCCCCAGAGCUCCCAGCCUUAUACAAGAGUUUGCUUUGGAAAACUUCAGUCCCCUUCCCCGCCAAGUCCCUUCUGAUGGAUCGACUUCGGAAUCCCCUCCUCCUGUCCUUGGUCCUCUGCCCCCUGCCCCUCCUGCCAGGGCCACAUCUACUGAUCUGGCUUUCUUAACUGUUAACCUGCACGGUGCUGAGUGAUGGAGAAGAUGGGUGGGGGAGGGGAGAGGGCACCAUGGGCAUGGGCUGGAGCAGAGGUGCCCAGGCCGGGCCUCGUAGGCUUAGUCACCAAGAAGAUAGCACUUUGCUUUGCCUCUGAACUGUGAAUUUAAUAUUUUUUCCUUUAAGAUGAAGAGUUUAUUUAGCUUUUGAACUAACAUUGAGGUUGUGGAUCAGUUUUCAGCUGGAGAGCAGAACGGUUGGGAUUGGGUUGGUUGGGUGUCAUGGGAAGGAGGAAGUUGGAGGUGGGUUUGGGGUGCGCAGUCAAGGCUGAUGCUGGGGGCCCUAGGGCCUCCUGCUGGACCUUGCUCUGGGUUCUGUGAUCAGCCUCAGAGGGCUGGCUUCAUUCUGACUCUGAAGGCGAGAGGAGCGGAGGGAGCUGGGUGGGAGGAGGGGAGCUGCCACCAAUAAGAACUCUCGGUCCAGACCUGUGCCGAGUGGUCAGCGGGCAAAAUUGAGGAGGGCGUGUGUCAUUUGCCCCGCAGAGCUGGGCCUUUGACCGCUUGGGCUUCUGGGAGCAGUGGGGUUGGGUCAGUGCCCACCCCUGACGGCAGGCCGCGGGUGUGACCACGGGCUGGGCCCUGGGCAAGGGGCAGGACGGGUUUGUAGGGGAAGGGCGGGAACCUGCUGGGCCCGACUGCUUGGGACCCUAACGGCCACGCCUGUUCUUGACCAUUGUGGGCCCUACUUCCCACGGACAGUCGGGCCAGAAUGCCCCUGGGAGCCCAGCCGCUGAGGUGGGGGCUUUCAGUGCCUGCUCUUUGUAGUUUAAAAACCAAAAUAUGACUGUAUUAGUAAACAUCAAAAUUUUUGUUAAAAAAAUUAAAAAGAGAAAAAAAGCAGCAACAGAACUUUGUAUCUUCUUGAGUACAAUAAAAGAAUAUGGCUCCCUAUAUGCGAAUUAAUGCAUCUAUCUGUCUCUAUGCAUCUGUAUCGAUCCUGGGUGGAAACCUGCCUGUCGCAGUGGACGGAUGGAGACCAGCAGCUACGCAUGGCCCCUGGGGCAGGCCCUGAACUCUGGAGGGAGGUCUGGGGCAGAGGACUUCGCCUUCCCGGGGACCCCGGCCCGAAUCAAGGAUGUGGGAAGCCGCGGCGGCCUCUGGACUGGGACAGAGCAGGACCGGGAGGCGGGGGCCACAGCCUGCCCUGGAGCAAGGCCGCCGGUGGCUGGUGGUCUUCCUGAGCACUUCUAUCAGCCACCCUUUUAACACUGGACACCUUUUAACUGGUGACUUCUUUUUCAAGAAUGACUGUAUCGGAGAAGAUUUUCAAAUACUCCCGCUCUUUUCUCCUUCACAGUGGAAAGAACACUGGACUGGGGUGGGAGAGGAGCUGAGAUGGACAAGUCCCCUUCACCACUCCAAGCCUCAGUUUCCCCAUCUCUAAAAGGGGCUUGACAGAAUGACCCUCCCUACCUCACAGGGGUGUUGUGAGGAAAGUGUAAACCUUAAAGCGAUAUCGAA